AAAGGCUGUUAUUUGGCUGCCUAUACGUACAAAGUCCGCUCUGACUGAACUAAAUGAUGUAUUUUUUGAGAGUUGGUUCACUAUGACUGAACAAUUCCGAACAGUAUUCGUCAAUAUAUCGUCAAAUUUGAACUCAUUGUCAUCGUUACAGCCUAAAUCGCACUCUGAAAUAGUAUAUUUUGCGAUCAUUCACACUGCAUUUUUCACUGAUCCGUUCAGUCGGAGUGAACCAAUUUUAUUUUUAUGCAGUCGGGCACAGCGUGUGUUGGUGAUGGCUAGCUCAUAGUUGCGCUGUGGGAGGGGUACUCGUGGUUUGUGGGGUCGUGUGCAAAUUAUGUGUGCUGCUAGAUGCUGUCGCUUCAGUUCGUUCGGUGUGGAACUGAACACAUAUAAAAGGACGAAAUCGCAUUAAGAAGUUAUUCGUGAUUUAACCUUGCAGUGAAAGUUAAAGUGAAAGUGCAGUUCCUGAACCGUGGUGGUUGUAGAGUCUAGCCAGUUUGUGUUCGGUCGAGUUCGGCCAGUUCCCAGCGAGUUACCCAACCUUGGGGGUAAUCGUGUGCAGUUCCGCUUUUCGACAGUUAGCUGAAGACGUCAGCAGUAUUCAAAAUUUUUGAUUAAAGGCAUACUCUAAAAUGGCUUCGCAAAAAACCGCCUUCAAAAAAAACAGAUCAAGAGUGUCUCUUUCUUUGGAAAUGAAGCUCAAUAUUUUGGAUGCCCUUCAAGAUGGGAAAUCUGUUGCAAACGUCGGCAGGAAUUUAAAAAUCAACGAAUCGACUGUGCGUACAAUUAAAAAGAAUCAAGAUAGCAUCAGACAGACAGCAGCUCAGGGCACUAUCUAUGCAACAAAAUCCUCAUCAUAUACACGAGAUCCAUUGAUGGUCAAGAUGGAAAAGGCACUUCAUAUGUGGAUCGAAGAUCACGCGCAGAAGAAAAUACCCUUGGAUCAGGAAUUAAUAAGGGAGAAAGCUUUGAGCCUUUACCUUUGGUUAGAGAAGAAUGAGCCGUCUUCAAGUAAAAAGAAAGACUUUACCGCGAGUAAGGGAUGGUUUUAUAACUUUAUACGUAGUAAUUCCAUUCGCAACGUUAAAAUCAAGGGUGAAUCCGCAUCGGCCGAUGUUUCGGCUGCAAAUAGUUUUCCUCCAAAGCUCGCUAAGAUCAUAAAAGAAGGUGCGUAUCAUGGUGACCAAGUGUUCAAUGGAGAUGAAACGGGUCUUUUUUGGAAAAGAAUGCCGUCUCGUACCUACAUUACGCAGCAGGAGCAAUAUGCCAGUGGUUUCAAAGCGGCCAAAGACAGGGUUACCCUGUUAUUUUGCAGUAAUGCUUCAGGCGACCUUAUGUUGAAACCGCUAUUGAUCAAUCGUGCUAUGACGCCCCGCUCGUUGAAGGGGGCUGAUUUCAACAAACUGCCAGUGCACUGGAAAGCUAACACUAAAGCGUGGGUCACAAAAGCCGUUUUUGAGGAAUGGUUUUACGAUAUGUUUAUUCCGGAAGUGAAAACAUACUUGGAAGGAAAAGGUUUGGAGUUCCACGUGCUUUUGAUUUUGGAUAACGCUCCAGGACACCUAGUUAUCAAGCACCCAAACGUUCAAGUUGUGUUUCUUCCACCGAAUACAACUUCUUUGUUACAGCCUCAAGAUCAAGGAAUAAUUGCUGCUUUCAAGAAGUUGUACAUUAAACAAUGUCUUCGGUACAUCCUCGAAAAGCUUGAAAGCGAUGAAACGAUGACGGUAAUUCAAGCGUGGAAAGAAUUUAAGAUAAGAGACGCUCUGACGUUCAUAGGAAAGGCUCUGUCUUCUAUGAAAUCUAAAACAUUGAAUUCGUGCUGGAAGCCACUAUGGCCAGAAUGCGUGAAAGCUGGUUCAACAGACCCUUCAAAUGUGGAAGAAUCAGAAAUUCUCAUUCUGGCACAUGCAAUUGGAGGGAAAGGAUUCAAAGAUAUGGAUAGUAGAGACGUUGAAGAGCUUCUUGAAGACACCGAAAUUGAAGAUGAUGAACUGAUGCAGAGUUUAGUCACAUCGGAGCCUUUAGAGGACGAUGAAGACCGGGAUAUCAAGCCAUGUGAUAUCGAAGACGGGAAUAAAUUAGCGGAUACCCUCGUAAAACAUUUUAUGGAAAAGGAUCCUUGUGUUGAGAGAGCCGUUUCAUUUCGGAAUGAUUUGAAACUGUGUAUGCUUCGCUACAAUAGAUUGAACGAAAAAACACAGCCAACAGUUAUCGAUGAAGAUGACGAGGAUUUCAGCUUACCAUUGGAACGCAGACGAUCUCGUCCGAUUUCUUCGGAUGAGGAAGAUAUCGCCACAUCAUCUAACCGCAAACAUCCACGUGUUGCUAAUGAUAGUGAUUAGAUCAAUAAAAGAAAUUCUUUUUUCCACUUGACUACAAUAAAAUUGAUUUAUGAAUACAUUGGUAAAAAUAUCAUGGUAAAAAACUAAAAAUAUGUUUAA